UACUUUGAUAUUGAAGGAUUCAAUAAAUUUAUGGAUGGACAUUUUGAAUUACCAUUUGGUAUUCUUUAACAAUUUAUUGAACCAGCAGAUGAUCGCAAUUGUAAAUUAACAAGUUAUUAUUACAUAGCACAAAUUUAAGCAUUCUGGAGUAAAUCAGUUACUCUAUUCACUAAAAGAGUUUGCAAGAAAUCAUUCACCAAUAAAUCAAUGAAUAUUUAUGAACGACAUUGUACUUUUGAAGGACCUGAAUAUUUCAGUGAAGCAAGUAUCAUCAUCUUCUUCAUAGUUUAUUCAAGCUUAAGUUAAAGAUUUCUAAUCUUAGAGAAUCUCUGAACAAAUCGAUAAAAUGAUCUCUCAUCUUGAUGCUAUUUCUUAUGGCAAAUUGAAUAUUUCAUAAGGCACUUUCUAUUUCAAAGUAGAUAAAAAAGCUAGAUGUUGGUUCCUUUUUUGUGGUAAUCUCAAAUUUGAAGAUGAUAAACAUCUUAAAAAUCUACCUAAAGAUCUCUAUACUUAAUCUUAAAUAAAAGUAUUAUAUCAUUUUAUUUAUUAAGAUACCUAAAUCAAUUGAUAAUUUAAUGUCUGUAUACAAUUCAAGACCUCUAUAAUUGAAUAGAGAACAUAAAUGUAUUAGAUGUGGUUAAUUGGAGAAGGGAUCAAACUUUGUAGAAGUUCCUUAUCAUUUUUUAAUUGAUUUACCUGAAAAUCCACUUCCUGUUGAAAAAUGGCCUCUCGAUAUUAAGAAAUCAGCCAAGUAAGUAAAACUAAGUGGUGCUAAUCAAGAAAAGCUUGCUUAUGUCAAUACUAUAUCCUAAAUACCAAUGACUUUCUAGAAAAUACAUGAAUAAAUAAACAUUUAAAACUAUCAAGAAUUCAAAUAAUCUUAAGGAUUUAAGUAUAAAACAAUCACAGUUUGUUUAGAUUGUUAUUUUAUAAUGGGUAUAAAUAUAUAUAUUUAUAAUAUAAAUAGUUGAAAAUUAGGAAAGAUUAGCUAUGAAAGAAGUUACAUCAAAAGAGAAAACAAGUAUGUCAAGAGUGAAAUCUAAAUAAUUUUAAAGGAAAGAACAAAAUCUUAAUCAAUUUUUAAACUCAACUCAAUUAUUCAAAUAAGUUAAAUCUGUAAAAAACUUUAAAAUGAAAGAAAUACCUUCACAAACACCCAUUACAAAACAAAACACAAUUUAAAAGUAUGUAAAUUUAAGAUUGAAUAAUUGUAAAUCAGUUACUCCUAUAAAAUAUUCAAUUGAAAUGCCUUCUACUGCUGAUUAUUUAUCUAGGAAUACUAAAUCUACCUACUAAGAUUUGAGUUCAACUUAUAAAUUCAAAAAUAGUAGAGAAAAUUACAAUUAAUCAUUAUAGGAAAGAUAAUAAAAUAGAUUGAUAGAAAUAAAAGAUGAAUAAGAAUGA